AACUUCUUCAAGGUAAAUAACCUUAUAAAUUUUGUAUAAAUUUUAUGUGUUGUUUACAACCAAACCAUGAAAGAAAUAAUCCACAUACAGUUGGGCCAGGCCGGCAAUGCUGUCGGUAACCGGUUCUGGGAAGUUGUAUCGGAGGAGCACUCCAUAGACCCGUCGGGAAGAUACUACGGGUCUAACGUCACCCAUUUAGAAAAGAUAAACGUGUUCUACAACGAAACGGUCCACAACAAGUUCAUACCGAGGGCAAUUUUGGGUGACGCAGACAAAUACACCGCCGAUUUGAACAGAAGCGGUACGUUCGGCAAAUUGUUUGAGCCGGACAACAUCAUCGGCGGUACCACAACGGCCGGCAACAACUGGGCUAAAGGCAUGUACACGGAAGGCGCCGAAAUAGCAGAAUCCAUCCUGAAUUGCGCCCGAAAAGAAGUCGAGCGGUGCGAGUACUUCGAAGGUUUCCAAAUGGUGCACGCCCUUGGUGGUGGUACCGGAUCGGGACUCGCCUGCCAUUUACUGCAGAAGCUCCGCGACGAGUAUCCGGGCAGAAUGAUCUGUACUUACUCCAUAGUACCCAGCGUCAAAGUAUCGGACACCGUCGUUGAACCUUACAACACCAUUUUAACCUUGCCCUAUUUAAUAAAUUACGCGGAUGAAGUGUUUGUAAUUGAUAACGAGGCACUCCACGAUAUCUGCUACAACAAUUUAAAAUUAAUGAAUGCCACACAUGCAGACUUUAACUUCUUGACGUCGCGUGCUAUGGCUGGCAUCACCACGUUUUUCAGACUUCCGGGGGACAUGAACGGGAGUUUGAGGGAAAUCAAAAGUAACAUGGUACCCUACCCCCACCUACAUUUUCUAAUGCCAGCAUUUGUGCCUAUGGUGACCAGGGACAUGUUGCCCCUCCAGAAGAACUCUUUGAAACAAUGUGUAUCCGAUGCCUAUAACGUCAACAGCCUUAUGUGCAAGUGCGAUCCAAAUAACGGCAAGUACCUCACCAAGUACUGCACGUUUAGAGGUGAAAUAUCUAAAAAAGACCUGGACUUAUUGGUUGAUAAGAUGAAUGAGGAUCAAGAGGAUUACUUGGUGGAGUACAUUCCUAAUAAUAUUAAAGCAUCCAUUUGUAACAUACCAAUGAAGGGCUUCAAAUUCGCAGCAGCUUUUAUAGGCAAUAAUACUGCCAUUUGUGAGGUCUGGGACAGGAUCUAUGAACCAUACUGCGCCAUGCUAGAGAGGCAGUGGUACUUGAAUUGGUACUACUGCGAAGGGUUAGAAGAGGAGGAGUUCUUUGCCGCUCAAAGAAGUGCUAUUAGCCUUUUCAAAAGGUACCGGUCUUGUGAAGGGGUGUACUGUGAUACUGACUCGGAAGAUGACUUAAUAAUGGUCGAAGAAUAACUAUCAUAAUUACAGUGAAAUUAUUUAUUAACAUUUAAACGUGUAAUCAAAAUAAUUGUGUAAUUUUUAUUUAUAUCGGAUAAUAACAAAAUUGCGUGACUUUCCUAUAUUGUUUUCGCAAAAAUAAAAACAAUAACAUGGGCUCAA